AUGUGCUUUUAAGUUAAUUUUGAUUCGAAACACGUAAAUGUUAAUUAAUAAACAAUAAGAGGACUUACAAAAGAAUGUCUAUUUUCUAUUAAUCAUUUAUAUUCACAUAUACUUUAACAAUUUUAGUAUUGUCCAUUUUUGCCUGGAAUGUUAUAAUUUCAUAAUUAUCAAUUAGUAAUAUAGUGAUCUCACAAAGCCUUAUGUUGACAGAAUAUAGAAUUGGGAAUUGGACCCAAUUUAUGAAGUUUAUAAAUAAGACAUUUGCGAAUCUGAUUCAGAUGACUUCUUUAAACUGUAGUAGGGAUAAACAUAUUAUACUAAAUGGACAAAUUCAAAUUAAGUAUUUUCCCUUUGCAUAAGAAGAUUAAAAGAUUACAACUUCGUACAGAGUAAGGCUUAACUAAUUAAUAUAGAAUAUCAGAUAUACCCUAAAUGUUUAGAUACUGAGGAAUUAUGCGGUGGAGUAUAUGUUUAGAAUAAGUAUUGUGCACCAAAAGGAUAGUGUCCAAUUAAUAGUAUGCUAUUUGUAACUGGAGAUGGUAAGAUAGAUUAAUAUUGCAAGAGUUGAAGAAGGUUGAUUAAACGAAAUACACAACUCAGUUGUAAAUAAAUGAUAACUUUUACUUGGUAACAUCAACCUUGGCUGAGAGUCUGCCAAUAAAUCAACUUGAAAUCUAUGGGACAUCUCCUUGUGUUGUUAGUUAAUUUACAAAUUACGAUACUAUCUUUUCUAAUGCAUUUUGUGAGAAUGAUACAGCCUACACUCUUUUGAAUCAAAUUGAUGAAAUGACAUUUGCAACUUCAAAUGGGUUUACUUCCAAUACUGCUGACAAGUAUACAAUUUAAUAUCAUUUUAGAGUUGGUAUAUAUUCUCGUAGUUACACCUAAUUUAAUAUUGAAUGUAGACAGUAGAAUCUAAUUACGUGGGGGAUCAGAACUCUAAAAGACAGUGAUGCCAUUUAUCCUGUUCUAUCAAUACUAAUGAUAACUAGUAUAAUUCACUUUGGAUUGGUUGGAUUUGUCUAGUCUUUGUAUUACUUUAUGUAAGUUCAAUAUUAAGCCCCAACAAACAAAAGUGUUCAUUAAGGAUUGUUACUAGUCAAAAUAUUCAUCUAGUAUUUUCAUUCAGCAAUGAUUACCUUGGCUUUUGGGUUGUGGAUAGAUAUCAAAUUAUUUCUACAAAUAUCAUACGAUUUGAAUUGCAGUGACACAUAAACAGAUACCUUCAUAAGUAACGAAUUAGAUAACAUUGAUAAAUAAUGGAAAUUAAGCUUUAUUAUGUUUUUGUUGUUUGUAGCCUUCGCUUUACUUGAGUGUACUGCAUUCUCUAUUUGUUUGGAUAAGAAACUUAAAAAAAAGAUAGAACCAAAAUAUAGAUAGAUCACAUUCUCAACUGUCAAUCAAUCUCAAUUAGGAACCAAAUCGGAUAAUUCUAAUUUAUAUAUGUAUUUUAAACCCUAAUUCAAUUUGCAAUAAGAACUAAAUCUAUAAUAAGAAUUGGGUGCUAAAUAGAUUGAUUAAUUGGAAUUUCCAAAUUAAAUUUUAGAGAACUAAUAGCAAUUCAAUAAUAAUGAACCAUCUAUUUCGAUGAAACAGUCUAAUUCAAUUGAUCCAUCCCUUUAAUAGUCAAUUCAAAGUCCCAUUAAAUAGCAAUCAUUAGACAAAUAACAAUCAUUAGAUUAAUAAAAAAACAGUCAAGCUCCGUAUAUGUAAUAGAUGCAACAAAAACCAAGUUAGCGAUUGUAAUAAUAAGGCUAUACAAUACCUCAACAAUAAAUUGAUUUAGCUAACUUUUAAUCUUAAUAAGUUCCCAUUCAGAAGCCUUCAAUGAAGUAUGAUAUUGAUGAUCAAAUUGAUAGUGAAGAGUAGAAUAAUCGCACUUAUCAAGUUCACAAAUGA